AUGGGCAGCACUGCUUUCCCCUCAUUGACUUUGAUGGUUCUCCUCCUCAGCUGGACUUGUUACGCUGAGGAGGAUGCAGAGACUCUAUCCUGCCCAGAAUACCAGGAGGGUUUUGACGGCUCCUGCUACGAGUUUGUGGGUCAGCAGCGGUCCUUCCUUAAUGCCCAGGGAUGGUGUGAGCGAGGCGGGGGACACCUAGCUUUCAUCCUGAAUGACGAAACUCAGCAGUUCCUUCAGAAGCACCUGGAGCCAGAGAGGGACUGGUGGCUCGGGCUGGCACCUGCUGCCCCAAACCUCACGCUCGAGUCUGCUGCCACUGAGGGUUCCCUUGCUUGGCUGGAUGGCUCAGAUGUCAGCUACAGCAACUGGGUGAACAUGCCAGAUGCACAAGAAGUCUGUGGAUAUAUUCUGAGGCAUUCAGGUUUCCAGUGGGAAGCCACAGUGAACUGUAGCCAGGAACUCAACUUCAUCUGCCAGUUUGAUUCCGGGAGAUCUAUCGCAUGUGAUGUACAAAAUGCCACAUUGCAAUGUGGCUCUGGUCAAGUUAUAGAGAUUGAUGACAGCUUCUACGGUCGAAAGACAAUUCACUACUGCCGAUCCAAACUUACAACCUCACCCACAUCCUCCCAGGAGGAGUGCAGCUGGAUAGAUGUGGUAGAUUCUGUAACAGCCCAUUGCCAUGGACUGCAGGCUUGCCAGGCUCCAGUGGAUCUGAGCUCUUUUGGUGAACCAUGUCCUGUGCUGGGAAGUUACCUGUCUGUAGAGUACCACUGCAAACACGGACUCCACUUACUGAUGAGUAAACUGGCGGCCGUUUUUGAUAAUGUCACCAUCACUGUGAAGUGGCUCCUUCAUCCAUUUCAGGGAAAUCUGACAUGCACACUGAAUGCUGGAGAUGGGCACAUUAUUGAUCCAUACAGCCCAGAGGAGAUGGAGAGCACUAUUAUACACAAAUUCAGCCGUCCUGGUGUUUUCAUGGUUGGGGUGGAGUGCACCACCAACGACUGGCAUGUUACGGCUCAGAAAGCCAUAACCGUUCAGCAGCCUGUCGGAGAGUUUAGUGUGAUCAAGUGCUAUAGCGGGAAUGUGUCAACAGAUGGCACUAAAUGCAAUGCGAUUUAUGGCAGACCUGUUCUAAUUCAGGUUAUGGUGGAGGCAGGCACAAAUGUUUCCUACACAAUUCAACAUGAAGACCAUUUGUUGGCAAACUCUUCAGUGGACAGAGGGAUUACACCCCACAACAUUACACUGAAUUCAAGUGUGGCAGAGGAGCUCGGGCACGGCUGCCACAACCUGACUCUAGCAGCGUCAAACAGGGUUACAGCCCACACAGUGUCCAUUGAUCUGGAGCUGUGUCUGCUGGAGCCUGUUGAAGGCCUGCAGGCCUCAGUUAUGUCAGAGGAAGGCGAGUGUCCAGACUCCACGGAUAUCAUCAUUGAUGUUUCUUGUGAUAAUUGCACUUCCGUGAAUUUGAACGACCACAUAAAGCUAAGACUGAGCUGUGUGACAACUUGUCCAGACGUAGUCUGGUAUAUUGAGGACCCCAGACCUUUGACGGGUGACCUUGAAAAGUGUUACUCCAACGCAGGAAGGAGGCCAGCUAUUGAGAUGCAGGACGGCAGCACUGAAUAUUCUGUACACAGCCAGCAUCUGAACGUUUCGAGGCACACAUUGCAAAACAUCAGUGUGAUUGCUUACGGCAAGAAGAAGCCAGGUUUUGCCAAGUACACUCUUCCAUUACCAGGCCCUGAGCCAACUGAUGCACCCACAGACUCCAGCCCCCCCUCAUGUAGCAUCUCUCCCACAUCGGGAACUGUUCUUGAUGCUUUCGACAUUACCUGCAAACCAAGCUCUUUCUGCUCUGAAGGCUGUUUUUAUUGCUUCAAAACUGACACAGGCAAACAUCUGCGCUGCAGCAAUGCAAAUGAGGUGAAAUCUGUCCUCCUGCCUCUUGGAGAUAAGAACAACAAUUACAGUUUGUCUGUUGUGGUGACCGUGAAAAAUGCAUAUAAGAAAGCCACCACAACUGUCACUGCUCAGGUGUGGAAAAGUAACUCCAGUGCGUCAGUGGAGGAUCUCCAGUCUGCAGUAGAGGAUACUGUGGCUCACUUAGAGCAGCAAGGUCUGCUGUCUGGUGAGGCACUCGGACAAAUAUUCACUUCAGUUUCUGACAUGCUGAAUACAGAGGCUGGCCAAGAUCAGAGGGAUGCGAGGACGAAGCUCAGAGAGCAAAUGCUGACCAAAAUGACCACUGUGCUGGCGGACUCCCCCACUAACACAACUCAGGAAGUGAAAGUGACGGCCACAGCUGUGGCUGGACUCACCCAGCUCUCAGAUGAACUCAGUCCCGCUGCUCAAGAAGAAGCAGGUUCCUUACUGGUUGACCUCAGCUCCUCCCUCAAAACUAUCAGUGUUAAUCAGGACGGAGUGGAUGAUGGAGAAGUCAUGCAAGCAGCGACACCAAUAGUUGAAGCAGCCAGUAAUAUUUUGAAUAUUUCAUCAGAUGUAAGAAGAAAAAAAAAUCUGUCUGAAUAUCUUUUGACUGGGAUAAACAAUGUUCAAAGUGCUUUGCUGAAUAAUAAAGAGUUGAAUGGAGACCCUGCCAUCAUUGAAUCUGGUCAGAUCAGUGUCUAUGUUAACAGAGUGUCUCCAGAAACCAUGCAGAUGCAAGAUAUAAACGUCCAGAAGAACAGCUCGUCCAGAUUUUCCUUCCCUAGACUGCCUGAAGAUGUGGUUUCUCCAAAGGAGCCAGUGGAUGUGAGAAUGAUGAGCUUUGAGAAAAAUCCAUAUUCUUGGAAGGAAGGAAACAUCACAGGAACUGUAGGAUCUGUGACUCUCACCAGAGUGAACGGUACUGUCAUUCAGGUUGAGAACUUACCUGACGAGAUAGAGAUUUUCCUACCAAGGCUUGACGUUGGGCAGGAGAACAGCACAGUCCUUGACCUCGCCAAUUUCAGCACAUUAAUAAUUGACGUCCCCUCGCCGGAUGUAACACUGGUGCUGAAAAUGGAGCUGUCUCAAGACAUUUCCUUCAUGCUAUUCCUGGGAUGUCAAGAUUAUCCAAAUGAUGAGAAUUACGUAGCCAAGACUCAGAUGCCUCUAGAGAAUUCCAGAGAAGAGGAAAAAUAUACCUGGGUGCUGAGUCCCAAAGACAGAACAGGAGACGUUGGAGUGCACUACCUUGUUAUGAAGCCCAUUGUAGAGCCAGGCGUCAAAUCUAUCAACGCCACCAUCACUGUCACUUCCAUCGCUGCCCAGUGCAAAUACUGGAAUGACUCAAAAUCUUCUUGGAGUGAAGAUGGCUGCAGGGUCGGUCCACUCACCACGCCUUUGGUCACUCAGUGCCUCUGUAACCACUUGACUUUCUUUGGCAGCUCUUUCUUUGUCAUGCCAAACUUGGUGGAUGUGUCACGCACCGCAGAACUGUUUGCUACAUUCACUAACAAUCCUGUGGUGGUGUGUUUUGUGGGGGCCAUCUUUUCUGCUUAUCUCCUUGUAGCUAUAUGGGCACGCAGGAAAGACAUCCAGGACUCAGCCAAGGUCAAGAUAACAGUGCUUGAGGACAAUGACCCCUUGGCUGAGUAUCGUUAUGUGCUGAAUAUCAGCACCGGGCAUCGGCACGGUGCAUCCACCUCCUCUCAGGUGACAAUAACUCUGCUGGGUACCGAGGGAGAAAGUGACCCCCACCACCUGACAGACCCUGAGAAACCUGUGUUUGAGAGGGGCGGGGUGGACAUGUUCCUGCUCACCACACACUUUUCUCUUGGAGAUCUACAGAGCAUCAGACUGUGGCACGACAACUCGGGAGAACACCCUGCAUGGUAUAUCAACAAAGUGAUGGUGCAGGAUCUGGAGAGUGGUCAGAAAUGGCACUUCCUGUGUAACUCCUGGCUGGCUGUAGAUGUGGGAGAGUGCUCUCUUGACAAGGUCUUCCCAGUAGCCACAGAGAUGGAUUUAAAGAGGUUUAGUAACUUGUUCUUCAUGAAGACAGCCAAGGAUUUCCGCGACGGUCAUAUCUGGUUCUCCGUCAUUAGUCGACCUCCCUGCAGCACUUUCACACGUGUGCAGCGAGUGUCGUGCUGUUUUUCUCUUCUGCUGUGCACUAUGCUGACCAGCAUUAUGUUUUGGGGCAUACCGACAGACCCCUCUGAGCAGACCAUGGACCUGGGCCACAUCGAGUUCACCUGGCAACAGGUUAUGAUCGGAAUUCAGAGUUCAAUCAUCAUGUUUCCCAUCAAUCUCCUUAUUGUGAGUAUCUUCAGAAACACUCGUCCUCGGGAGAAAACCAGCAAAACAGAUGUGUCCAAACAGGGGAAGACAGGUCGAGUUUCUCCCUCACAGACUUCCUUCCCGCAGAAGGAGCUGAAGGACAUCACACCAGACACUGUGAUCAAGGACAUAAAGAGAAUUGCACAGUCACUCGCAAAGGCCAUGAAAAGUCCACUGCCCCAUCAGGAGCUCCAUCCUGGUCAGCGGGCAGACAUUAACACUCUGCUGUCUCUGGUGGAGGACAUCAUCAGACAGCAGAACCGAGCAGCUGGAGACUUCUACACCGACGCCUCCAAAAGGGAUCGCUCCAUGAUCCUCAGUUUAGGUGCAGUCAGUCUGCAAGAAAACAGUUUGUGGGGGAGCCCUGAGAAGACUUCAGAUGAAGUUCAGAAGAAGAGCAACAACAGCCGAUACCUGUACAGGCAGCUGCGUCAUGUUGAGAAGGAGAUGGGUCUGUUGGGACCUUCUCGUUUCCCGAACCCAGACAGCUACAACCGAGCCAUGCAGCAAGUUCAAGGAAUGAAGGGUCUCCUGGAGCGCCACCACCCCUCCUCCAGCCUGGAUGGAGACCAGCUCGACCGCAGCCCCAGUCCAGAAGAGAGCGUCAACAAUGGGGACUCCGCCAAGAAGUGCUGCCAAGGAGGGCUGCCAUGGUGGUUCGUCUUUGUUGGGUGGAUACUGGUGAUUGCAACCAGUGGUGUUUCAGGAUACUUCACCAUGAUGUAUGGGCUGACGUACGGGAAAGAGCGCUCUAUAAGCUGGCUCAUCUCCAUGGUGGUCUCCUUCUUUGAGAGCCUCUUUAUUACCCAACCUCUGAAGGUUCUCGGUUUUGCUGCUUUCUUUGCUCUUGUUCUGAAAAAAGUUGACCAGGAGGAGUACGGAGAGCCUCAGAUAGAUGAGAGUCUCAGAGAUGCAGAUGAUCCUGAUGCACUGCGGGCAGCCAGAAGAGACAGCACGUGCAGUUUCUAUCAGCCACCACCUCCCACUGACAUUGAGAGGAUUAGGAACAACAUGAUUAAAGAGCAGAAAGUCUUCGCACUCAUGGGGGAGAUUCUUGCCUACAUGGGAUUUAUGUGGAUGUUGCUCCUGGUGGCGUAUGGUCAGAGGGACCCCAACGCCUACUUUCUGACACAACACAUUCGACAGAGCUUCAGCAAAGGGAUCUCUGACAGUAUGAGUAUUCAGGAUGUGUUCAGUUGGGCAAACACAACUCUUCUGAGCAACCUGUUUGGAGAGCGCCCAGGAUUUAUCACAGACGGAAACUCAAAGCUGGUGGGUAACGCUCGUCUCCGCCAGGUGAGGGUGAAGAAAAACUCCUGCCAUGUUGCUCGCUCCAUGCAGCAGUCUGUGCCGGACUGUCACGCUCCGUACUCGUGGGAGUUGGAAGACAUGGGCUCCUACAGUCCAGGCUGGAGCCACUCUGUGGGAGGCAACACCUCACUGAACCCCCACAGCCCGUGGACAUACCAGUCCCAGGGUAAACUGAGGGCCUACCCCAUCUGGGGCAGUGUGAAACUCUACAGAGGAGGGGGGUUUGUGGUGGAUCUGGGGCCCGAUUUAUCAAAUUCCAGCAGAUCCCUUCAGUACCUUCAUGACAACACCUGGUUUGAUGUGUACACCCAAGCAAUCUUUGUUGAGUUCACUGUGUACAAUGCCAACGUCAAUCUCUUUUGCAUUGUCACACUCAUGCUGGAGACCACAGCCGUAGGGGCUUUGCAGUUCCGCAGUGAGCUUCAGAGUGUGCGCCUUUACCAGUCGACCGGCGGCCUUCACAUCUUUGUCAUGGCCUCUGAAGCCAUCUACUUCCUCUUUAUCAUUUACUACAUGUUUGUUCAGGGAAAACUGAUGAAGCAGCAGAAAUGGGAUUAUAUCAAGAGUAAGUGGAACCUGCUGGAGCUGGCGAUCAUCAUUCUCAGCUGGAGUGCGCUGUCUGUCUUCAUCAAGAGGACUUUACUGGGGAAUCGGGACAUGGACUAUUACCAAAACCACAGAGACCAAUACGCCAGCUUUCAUGAGACGGCCAAGGCUGACGCGGUGCUGGGGUAUCUGAUUGCCUUCUUAGUACUGUUGGCUACAGUCAAACUGUGGCACCUGCUGAGACUGAACCCCAAGCUGCACAUGAUCACAUCCACAUUGCAGCGGGCCUGGACUGAUAUUUCAGGCUUCCUGGUGGUCAUGACCAUCAUGUUCCUGGCCUACUCCAUUGCUUCUAACUUGAUGUAUGGGUGGAAGUUAUACUCCUACCGGACCCUGCUGGAUGCUGCGCAGACCAUCAUCAGCCUGCAGCUUGGCAUUUUUAACUACGAAGAGGUUCUGAAUUAUAAUCCGGUGCUUGGUGCUUUCCUCAUCGGGUCCUGCAUUGUGUUCAUGACCUUUGUGGUGCUGAACCUCUUCAUUUCUGUCAUCCUGGUGGCAUUCAGUCAAGAGCAGAUACAUCACAAGCCAUCAGAAGAGGAUGAGAUUGUGGACCUGAUGCUGAUGAAACUCUGCGGUUUGUUCGGACUCAAAUGUAAGAAACAAGGGGGCGACAGCCUGACUGAGAGGCCGGUGGUUUCAUCUGCUUCAACAACAUUGAUCAUUUCUUCUGGGAAUAUUCAUGAGAGCUGAGAUGUUACACCACAAUCAAACAUAAGUUCAACAUUAUAAAAUGUCCAGAAUGCUUUGUGUCAGUUAUUGCUUUUGCUGUUGCCAUAGUAUGCUUGUUUUAUGCAAACCGACAUGUUGUUGCUUUGUAACAGAAUAUUAACCCUUGCAAGUCUAUAAAUUGUUAGCAUUUCUCUCCACUACUGCAGAUCUGUUUCUAUUGUAGAGAAAGCUAAGACACAGACAGAAAGCAGGAACUAAGGAUAGUCAUUAUGUUGUGCAGUGAGGCACUGUAUUUAGACUGCAGUAUAAUUUGUUAAACAAAUAAAUGUGUGUUUCUGUGACUAAAUCAUGUACAAUAUUUUUAUUCCACAAAAUAAUAA